CUCUCUCCAACACACACACUCACAUUAUAAAAAUCUAUAUUUAUCACUCUCUCUACAAACACAUAUCUAGAUACAAAGAAUCUGUAUCUAUAAUAAAUUAAUCAAUCGAUUAAUGAGGGGCAGUUUCAAGAGAAGUAGAACCACCAGCAACAGCAGCAGGAGAGAUACAAAUAAUAAGAAAAUGAAAGGCUCGUUGACCACACAUUUAUCCGUUCAAUUAGGUCAAAUCACUUUCAAACCGCCGAUUCACCGGAAUAAUAAUUCGUUGAGGUUCCAGAAUCUUCUUGAUGAAGUAGUGAUAUCAGGUCAGGAUGCAUCGGAAUCCGUGCAGCCGGCUAAUACGACAUCGUUUCCAUCAGCCAAGGUUUUGGAUUUUGAUACUGACGUUAAUUUGGACGAUAAGGAUUUCAUUCUCAGUCAGGAUUUUUUCUGCACCCCGGAUUACAUUACUCCAGAAGCUCCACCAUUGCCAGUCAAUGUAGGGUGUAAUAAGUUGGAAGAGAUGCCAUGUCCAAAAUCACCAGAGAAGUUAAAGUCUAUCCGAAGUAAUAGGCAAAGAGCAGCAUUUUUGAAGCUGGAAGAUGAUCCAGCGGUUGAAACUGAAACGGAUGAUAAAGUUGCAACUGAACAUCAAAUCAACAAGCAGGGGUAUGUUUCACAAUCUGCUGUUGCAUUACGUUGUCGGGUAAUGCCUCCUCCAUGCAUGAAGAAUCCCUACAUCAAGGACACUCCAGAAAAUGGUGUUGACCCAUUUGGUGAUCGCAGGUCCAAGUGUGCAGUUUUCCUUCCAGCCGCAAUUGGUGGUGAUGGUCUUUCACGCUACCAGACAGAUUUUCAUGAAAUAGAGCAAAUUGGUACUGGAAACUUCAGCCAUGUAUUCAAAGUCUUAAAGAGAAUUGAUGGUUGCAUGUAUGCUGUGAAACGAAGCUCAAGGAAACUAUAUCAGGACACUGAUAGGCAAAAAGCUUUGAUGGAAGUUCAAGCUUUAGCUGCUAUUGGCUAUCAUGAUAAUGUUGUUGGAUAUAAUACUUCCUGGUUUGAAAAUGAGCAACUUUACAUUCAGAUGGAACUCUGUGAUCACAGUCUAUCUAUUAACCACUCAAGGAGACUGAGUCUAGAGAAUGAAGUGUUGGAAGCAAUGCACCAGAUAGCCAAGGCAUUGCAAUUUAUACAUGAGAAAGGGAUAGUUCAUUUAGAUGUAAAGCCUGAAAAUAUAUAUGUGAAGAAUGGCAUAUACAAGCUUGGUGAUUUUGGUUGUGCAAGUCUCCUUGAUGGAAGCUUACCAAUUGAAGAAGGCGAUGCAAGAUACAUGCCACAAGAAAUCUUGAAUGAUAAUUAUGAUCAUCUUGACAAAGUUGAUAUUUUUUCACUUGGAGCAACUAUUUAUGAACUUGCAAGGGGUUCAAUGUUGCCCGAAUCUGGGCCUUAUUUUCAAAAUCUCAGGGAAGGGAAGCUCCCUCUUCUUCCUGGUCAUUCGGUUCAUUUUCAGAAUAUACUUAAGGUGAUGUUGGACCCUGAUCCUAUCCGACGACCAUCUGCUAAAGAACUAGUAUGUAACCCAAUUUUUAACAGGCCCCACAGAACAUUCAAAACCAAGUAAUAAUUGUUUCUCAAUCACAUUUUAGAUUUUUGAAGUGACUGGUAUGCUGCAAUGUUCAGCCAUCUAACUGAGAACACUAAGAACAAAAGCUGGAAGGCCAUUUUUCUUAGAUUGUUUUUUCUCCACUUCCUUGCACCAAAUUUUGUAUUCCAAUGGUGCUCGAGUGCUUCACCCCCUUUUUUGUAAAAAAGAAAUCUUGUGCUUUCACUGUAAUAUAUCAAUGUUGUGACCUCUUUAACUUUGUUUAAGUUAAACUUUCAUUACUCCUUAGUCCUUACA